CGGGAACGAGAUCGCGAGGCACACACCAGCGCCAGAGGAACCAAGACGCCCCAGACAGAGUUCCUGCCGGAGCCGGUGCCGCGGAGCGCCGGGCCCUGAGCGCAUGCGCACAACGCGGCGGUCCUCCCCGGCUCCGGUACGGCGGCCUGGGACAGCCCUCAAACACCCGACCCAGCUCCGGUCCUCACAGCGCCUGAGCUUUUCAAACGGCGCCCGCCCCGCGUCUCGUCAUCUUCGCGCCUCAAGACUCAGGAGCGCGUCGUCCCUAGUCUAUCUGGCAGUGAGGACCCCUCCUCUUUCCAGUGCCCCAGGGACUGUGAACUGGGUGGUCUUGACCUUGGUGGAGACUGACCCAGGAACCAGAUGAGCAGAGACUUCUGUGUCCACACCUGGCCAUGCUCCUAUUAUUUGGAACUUGAGAAGCGAUGGGUUCCUGGAAAACUUUGGUUAACUUCACUCUCACUAAAAUUUCUGACUGAUAAAACUGGAGACUUUCUUGUCAGCUUUUCUCUUGCUGAUAUAAUUGAGAUCAAGAAAGAAGCUUCUCAUUUUAUCUUCAGUUCUGUCACCAUCCUGGAAAAGGGCCAUGUCAAGCACUGGUUCAGUUCCUUGCAGCCUAAUCGGAAUGUCGUUUUCCAUAUCAUCGAACACUUCUGGAGAGAGUUGCUGCUAUCUCAACCAGGAGGUGCUGUGGAGGCGUCAUCCUCCCGCAUGACCAAGGGGAAGGAGCUGACUGGUCUAAUGGCCUGUUCCCAGAAGCGUCUAGAAGAUGCAGCCAGAGUCCUACACUACCAGGGUGAGCAGCUGGACAGCAUAACGAGCAGCCUGGACAAUAUGGAGUCUGACCUGGAUGUGGCUGACAGGUUGCUGAAAGAACUGGAAUCUCCUUCUUGGUGGCCCUUUAGCUUCAAGCUUUGGAAGAUGCCAUCAGACACAAACUCCAGGGGAGGCUCCUCAAUGGCUAGUACCAAAGCUCUUGGAAAAGAAGGGAUAGUGAUCAGAAUUCCUGCUGUUAUUUCCCAAGGAACAGAAUCUCAUGUUAAACCAGGAAGGCUCACCAUCCUUGUUUCUGGGUUGGAAAUCCAUGACUCAAAUUCUUUGCUGUUACACAGAUUUGAAAGAGAAGAUGUAGAUGACAUUAAGGUUCACACACAUUAUGAAGUUAGCAUCCGCCAGCGGUUCAUUGGGAAGCCAGACAUAACUUUUCGUUUGAUAUCUGCCAAGAUGCCAGAAGUUGUUCCCAUUUUGGAAAUGCAGUUCAGCAAGAAGAUCGAGUUUUUAGAAGAUGCCUUGAUGCUCAGAAGCACUGGAACCUCUUCCCCAGCAGCGAAGGGCUACUCAGUCUGGCAGGCAGCGUCCAGGCCAGUGGACUGCGCCAGGCACCGAGAGCCUUCCUCGGGGAACCAGGAGGGCAGGCUGCUUCAACUACAGAUGAGCGAGCCACUCAUUUCUGAGGAGGACACCCAGGAACUCAGACAGAUCCUUGGGAAGCUGAAGGGUCUUGCCUUGGAUGCUGAGGCGGAGUUGGAGAGACAGGAUGAGGCAUUGGAUGGCAUCGCCACUGCUGUGGACCGGGCAACCUUAACCAUUGACAAGCACAAUCGACGAGUGAAAAAACUGACCUAGAAGGACAAGAGAGGGUAGAGGUGAGAGCUUUUGAUGAGAAUCGCAUCUCAGUAUGUUGUCCUCAACCCCUGCAUGCUGCCUUCAGAUGACCACAGGAGGUCAUUCUCAGGGCCAGAGAAAAACUUGCGGUCCUGCCUCAGAGGCAUACCUGCCUCAGGACAAAGGCUGCUGUGAAGGACCUGGGCAGCCACGGAGGGGUCCUCUGCAGGGCCCUGAAGGUGCAGCUGCAGGAGAGGAGUUCUGCCUGUGGACACAGCAAACGGUAUCCCGCCAAGGCCCUCUCGAGCUGCUGGUGCCGUCAGGAGCACCCAUGCACUCAAGCACGUGGCUGAGCCCUGGUGAGCCCUGCACAGCUGCGUGGUGGCUCUUCAUUCAGAUGCUGGUCUGCACCCAGCACUGAGGGACCACUUUGCAUGGCCUUAUCCCAGGUCUCCAGCAUCACCAGUAGCUGCAUUAUCAUCCUUUCUCCACUCUUGUUGGGCAUAAAAGGAAGGUUUAAGCCUCUGUGAAUAAAAUCUGCUUUUUUUAAACUGUG